ACCCCAUUGACGCUUUAUCAGGCUCGCGAAAAAAGUCUGACCAAUCACUUCGCUCGGAGCGCACACCAUAGCAGCCCGGCUCUACUUCGUUGGCGAGCGAGUAGAGAGGAGUACCGUAAAGAGGGGAGUAAAGCACAUUUCUAUUGUACAUGUUUUCCUUUUAAUGAACAGUACGUUAUAUAAUGUCCGAGAAUGUCAAUUUCUGGAACUCUAAGCAACUACUAUGUCGAUUCUAUUAUAAGUCAUGAAGGAGAAGAUCCGAACGCGUCCCGCUUCUCCCAUGUACAGUACUCCAGCACUAGACAACCGGGACCCGGCGAGCAUCCGGAGUUCCCCUCUUGUAGCUUCCAGCCCAAGCCUUCAGUGUUCAGUUCGUCAUGGAGUCCAUUCAGUUCCCACGCGUCCAAUGGCCUACCAGCAGUCUACCAUCCGUACAUACCGACGCAGCCAGUGCCUUCAACGGAUACUCGAUACCUCCGCACAUGGCUUGACUGUGCUCCGAGAGCAGAGCCUCUGCCCGGGCAAGGACAGGUCAAGAUGGAGCCGCUCCUGGGACAUCUCGGGGAACCACCGAAACUAGUCGGGCAGCAUGAGUAUAUCUUGGAGUCCUCUACAGCACGGGAGAUGAAUUCUGGUCACAGCGCUGGGUUUGAAGACAAUAAGGACAUAUGCGAAGGCAGCGAGGACAAAGAGGGACCGGAUCAAAAGGACCCAUCUGCCAACUGGUUACACGCUCGAUCAUCCCGGAAGAAGCGAUGUCCAUACACGAAAUAUCAGACCUUGGAGCUAGAGAAGGAAUUUCUGUUCAAUAUGUACCUUACCCGAGACCGGAGACACGAGGUAGCUCGCCAGCUGAACUUGACAGAGCGACAAGUAAAAAUAUGGUUUCAAAACAGAAGGAUGAAAAUGAAGAAAAUGAAUAAGGACCAGCCCAAAGAAUAAUAACGCAGACUGGUGCCAGGCGUUCAAGCAGUUUACAAAAAGUAUUUUAAAUCUGGAAGCUGAUGCAAGAAUGUUUUACUGCAUCAAAAAGGAAACGCACACGCACACGCGCACUCACACACUAUUUUCUGUAGGACUGGACAGUGUUAAGCAUAUACAGUAUAAGGAAGAGGUGAGAUGAUGCAGAGGAGGGGGAAACCGUCUUGCCAUCUCUCCCUUCUGUUAUUGCAUUUUAUGACUUGAGUGAAAGAAACACUUCACCAGGAAAUAAACAGGUGAUAAGGAACUGUUUCAACAGGCUAAGAACAGCUGAAAUAUUGUGCUUUUUUAUAAAGUUGCUCUCUAUAAUUCUGCAUUUUUCAUCAUUCCUUUUGUCAUAGACGUGUGCUGAUAUAAAAUGUAUUUAACAAAACAUAAGACUCAUUCAAUAUACAAGGGAAGUUUUGCUUAUCUGUAAAGCAUGUUCACGUAUUUGCUAAAGACGUGAGCUCUUUUUUACAAAAUUAUUAUUAUUAUUAUUAUAGCGGAAUAUUAACAGCCUUUAGUUCG